UUAUCUAAAUGCAGUGCCUUGGGGACAGUUGUAAUAUGUCAAGGACAGUUGUAACAGUUGCCGAGGACAAUUGCCACCCGCAGUUUGGGCGGGCCAAGUCAAAUUUACGGCAACAUCAGACAUGUAUCAUUCAAACCAAAAUAAUAUUUGUAUAAUAAUAAGGUUUUUUCUGUUUGUAGUCUUUACAGCGUUGUUUUUCGAAAUACCAGUGAGCUGGGAAACUACAUUUUCGCAAAAGUGACAAUAAGACUAUUUGGUGGUUGCAACACAUUGUAAUGCGUGUUACACAUUGUUCCCAGCCGACUUCUAGUAUUUAAUAAGGAAUAUUACCCAUUGUACGCAGAUAAUAACUAUACUAGCUAGUUCGGGAAUCACUGAUCACAACCACCACGUUUUCCUGUAGCAUCAAUUGUGCAGUCAAAAUCUUGCGCAACAGUUAAGUUACAAAUUAGUCGGACAUUGAGACACUAGUCUGUGAGUGUCAUUGCAUUACGACACGAGCUGAGAAAUUAAGCAAGUUUAUAUCUGUCCCCGUGUUACAACUGUAGGCCUACUCAGUCUCCCCAAGACAUGUCCAAUUUGAGAGCAAAAAAAGAUUUACAUAUGCAAAGAAGUAGACUACAACAUAAUUCGUAAGAGAUAACGACUUUUAAUGACUAGCCUAUUUGGUACCCAGAUACGGUCGUGCGCAUGUAGGUGCAUGUAGAAGGCUGCAUGCAACUGUUUUGUUUACUUUUUUCUGACAAAACCAUGGCUACAUGGCUCUGCUUGUUGAGGAGUCGUGGUCUCGUUUCCAUGGUUACCAAUGUAUACAAACGACCUGUGGCACUCUACGUUGGCAGAUACCGUAUUCCAGAAAGCAAGCGCAGGAAGCCAUGGCUGCCGUAGUUCUUUGUGAGCCGUCUCAACUAUACAAUAUUCUUAAUCAGCGCGUCCGUGUUCCGCGCAUUGCCGAAUGCAAUUAUCUUUGUUUGAUUGAUGCACGAACUGAAGGACAGUAUAACUCUGGCCACAUCAUAACAGCUAAGCAUGCUAAAUGGGAUUCUGGUGGCAAUUUCGUUUUGCCCCUCAAUGUGGAAGUCGAAGGCAUGAGAUAUAUCAUUGUGUAUGACGGCGACUCUAGUUCUUUGUCUGGUUCAGGUCCGGCUCAUAAAUGUAUUGAAACCCUGGCAAAAUCAAGCCUCUACCCAGUUCAUCUUCUCAGCAGAGGGUAUGAAUGCUUCUCAGGGCUCUACCCCUUUUUCAGAGCGCAGGACGUUCUUUACACCAUCAAGGAACUGGAGAGCUUGACAAUAUAUCCAGUGGAAAUUCUGCCAGGCCAGCUGUACAUGGGCGAUUACAAGCAAGCAACUACAGAUUUUAUUAUCAAAGAUCUUAAUGUCAGUGCUUUUGUCAAUGUGGCUGACCAGGACAGCAUCCUAUUUGAAAAAGGACACAGAACCAUUCUAGAUAUCAGAGUGGCAGACUCUACACAGGCUAAUUUGUAUAGUUCUUUGGAGAAGAUUUCCAUAUUUGUUGGCUUACGUCUGAAGGCUGGCACCACCGUUAUGAUCUUCUCCAGUCAUGGAAUCAGCCGGUGCAGCGCGGUGGCCAUCGCAGUACUCAUAGGGCAUCUGAAGUACUCACUGAAAGAGGCGUGGGACCAUGUGCUACAGUGCAAGACAAACAUGCGGCCAAACCGUGCGUUUGUGCAACAGCUAUCCGACUGGGAGCUACAGUCACUGGGACAAAGAAUUACUGACAUUUCAGAGCCAAAUUACUGAGGAAGGAGCCGCAACUCCUUUUUUUACUCAAAUAGAGAGCCUUGUACUAUGAGCUUUUUUCCCCCUCAAUAAACUAUGUUGAUAUUGAUUGAAUAUUACUAAUAUUGUGUGCAUUGAAGACAUUCCUCACAGCCUCUUUUUCUUCAGUUGUGUUGUUGAGGUGUCCUCAAGUGAACCAUUUCCAGAUUGAUAUAUUUGUUCAUAGGUCCUUAAAAAGAACCUUUCCGCCUUGUUUUCAUGACAUAUCUGUGUGAUUUAAUACUUAUUCUACACGGAGCUUCUGUCUCAAGACCUCCUCAUUCCUGUACUUCCCAGUCCCUGUUCAGUAUACUCUACUGGGGGUCUAAGAUAUGGAAGUCUCUCUUUACACUUUUUGAACUUGUCUGCACGACAGUUUAAAAAAGCCCUGAAAUAAUUUCUUCAAACUAAUCAAACCUUUUCAUAUGGUCCGCCUGUAUCAGUAUGUAUCUGUAUGUGUGGCACGGUGGUUCAGGUGCUUGCAUUGCUGCCUCACAGCAAGAAGGUCAUGGGUUCGAUUCCCGCAUGGGGCGCUGUUGGCUCUGGGGGGCAGGUCCCC